AUGGCCCUUGCGACGUGCGUGGUGUUUCUCACGACUCUCGCGGUUGGGACUCUCGGUCAUUCGAUAUCCCUCAGUGGACCGUCGUGGAAGGUCAGCAACACCAAUGGAUCGAUAUCCAUACCCGCGAAAGUGCCUGGGGGCGUGUACAGUGAUCUUCAAAGGGCUGGGAUAAUAAGCGACCCUUACUACCGAUUCAACGACGUCCUACAAAGAUGGGUUUCCAACGAAGACUGGACAUGGACGUCGACAUUCUCAGUGCCCGAGUCCACGCUUGCAUUUGCGAACUUAAACUUGGUGUUCCACGGAAUCGACACAGUUGCCCGAGUUAUUUUGAAUGGGAAAGAGAUUUUAAGCACAGACAACAUGUUCCGGCGAUACCGCGUCGAUGUUCGCGGUAUCUUGAAGACCGAGAACGAGCUGGUUGUGAAAAUCACGUCACCGAUAUUCUACGCUCUGAACCAAUUCACCGAAUACUAUAACAAUAACUACACGGUAUAUCCGACGUCACAUCCUAACGCCCAGCACGGCGUGGAGCACGCGAACUUCGUGCGCAAAAUGCAGAGCUCAUUCAGUUGGGACUGGGGACCCGCCUUCCCGUCGCUAGGUAUCUGGAAGGAUGUCGAGAUCGAGUACUACGAAAGCGUGAAGCUACGCGAUGUUGUCGUUGGCUUGGCAGAGCGAGAAAAUCACUGGAACGUCACGCUCGCUCUGUACGUAGAAGGGAACCAGUUGCCAUCAGAAGUCACAGUGAAGGCCGACCUGGAGGGUAUCGGUCAACUUUUCAGCGGGAGCGCUCCAAUAGUUGACGGUAAAAUCGUUUUAACCAACAUCAAUAUUGACGAAAGGAAGGUUCGACGCUGGUGGCCGAACGGCUUUGGCGAACAAGUUUUGUACAAACUCGGAGUCGAUGUCGACGGAUCCUCGAAGGAAGUCAAGAUCGGCUUCCGUACGGUUAAAGUCGUGCAGUCGACUAUACCCGGCGCGACGGGUCUCAGUUUCUACUUUAAGGUCAAUGGGUGGCCCGUAUACGCGAAAGGCUCGAACCUCAUCCCAAUUGAAGUUCUGCAAGAGAAAGUCACCAAAGAGAAAAUCCGUCGCAUCAUGCAAGCCACGAAGGACGCCAACAUGAACAUGCUCAGGAUCUGGGGAGGAGGAACAUACGAGCUGGACGAAGUUUACGAAGCUGCUGACGAAAUGGGCAUAUUGAUCUGGCAGGAUAUGAUGUUCGCUUGCGCCCUUUAUCCGACGAACAAAGAAUUCCUCGACACGGUUUCUGAAGAACUCCGUCAGAACGUGCGCCGAAUCCAGCACCACACUUCGAUCGCUCUGUGGGCUGGCAACAAUGAGAAUGAAAUGGCUAUCAGCGGAAUGUGGUGGCCAGAGACGUUGUUCGAUAUCACUCGGUAUAAGAACGAUUAUCGGACACUGUACGUCCACACGAUGAAGCCUAUAAUCGAAGAGAUCGAUCCUUGGAGGACCUACAUCAUCUCGAGUCCGUCGAACGGCCUGGAGACAGACAAGGAGAACUUCGUCGCCAGCGACCCGAACAGUUCCCUCUACGGUGACGUGCACUUCUACAACUAUCUCAUCGACAGUUGGAAUCCCAGCAAUUUCCCUUCGGCCAGAUUCGUUUCCGAAUUUGGAUUCCAGAGUUUCCCGUCCCUUCGGACGUGGAAACAGGCGACAGACACAGAUGAAGACCUAGUAUUUCCUUUGAGUGAAUUGGUCAAUCACAGACAGCAUCACACCGUGGUGCUCAUCAUUCCAGGCAACGCUAAUCUCGAAAGAAAGGUUUACUCUAAGUUCAACGGGCCCAAGGUCAAUUUGUCGUCGACGGACCAGUUCGGGGUUUUCUGCUACCUCACACAGAUCAACCAAGCGAUGUCGAUCAAGACCGCCGUCGAAAAAUUCAGACGCGACCGGAGUACGGUGAAACCGAAAUCUGGCGAAGGGAACAACAUGGGUGCCCUCUACUGGCAGUUGAAUGAUGUCUGGCAAGCCCCAACUUGGGCAUCCUUAGAGUACGACGGUACCUGGAAAAUGCUUCACAACUAUGCCAAGAAUUUCUUCGAGCCUGUUCUGAUCACGGCGCAUAGAGAGUCAUCCCUCUGGUCGAACAAGGAUAUCAUCGAGGUCUGGCUAAUAAGUGAGCUCGAAGCUCCGGAAAAGGUUAACGUGACUGUGGAAGUCUUCAGUUUCGACUCUUUCAAACCAAUCAGGUCGAUUCUUCAAGAGAAAACCCUAUGCUCGGAUUGCUCGAUGCUGUCGAAUACGCUGAAUACCGAAGACCUAUUCGCUGAACCGUGUAGCACCGAUAGAUGUUUCUUGAUCGUGUCAAUGUUCGACAAGAAAAAGCAACUGAUUUCUGAGAACUGGCUCCUGGCUGAAGCUCCGAAAAAGAUCAAAACCCUAAUCGAUGCCGAUAUCAAAGUGACGUCGGUCGAUGGACCGAAACUUCGAUCCGAUGGAAGGAACGAGUUUGAAAUCGUCGUCGAAGCCAGCGCUCCAGCUCCGUUCACUUGGCUUGAAGCCGGUUCUGUUGCGGGACAUUUCAGCGAUAACGGAUUCUUCCUGCAUGCUCCGAAGAAAUUCUUGAAUUUCAUCACAUCCGAUGGGAGUAUCACCCAAGACCAGCUGACAGGAGAGCUGUCCGUCAUUCAGUAUUCUCGAUCUGUAGACUUGGCGUGAUCGAACAUUCGAAUCCUCUUCAGGCCGCGUGAAGUGUUUGUAAGACUGACCGUGAUCCACUGUAUAAAUCAAGCCAUGAGGUUAAUAAACAUACCUAUGAAUCCCUA